CGGUCGCGGAUGUAAAAACAAACGCAAGCAAAAAUCGCCAUCACGCGUCGUAAAUAAUUUUCCGUGAAUUUCGCUUCCAAUCCCGUGCAAAUUUGGUGUAAAUGUAACCGAGGUUGGUGAGAAACCGGGCACAAUGGCACCAACUAUCCAAAACGGCACAAAUGCGGCCGACAAACGCGGCGCCGUGGCUCGUCCGCAGGAAAGAAGGUCCGAGCUGAUCAGCAGGGUAAAAUACUGCAAUACGCUGCCGGAUAUUCCGUUCGAUCUGAAGUUUAUAACGUAUCCGUUCGAGAAUGAUCGUUUCAUCCAGUACAAGCCGACGUCGCUGGAGCGGAACUAUCGGUAUGAAGUGUUGACCGAGCACGAUCUGGGAGUAACGAUUGACUUGAUCAACCGGGAUCUGUAUCAAAUCGAUCACCUGGCUCAGUUGGAUCCGGCCGAUGAGAAGCUGCUGGAGGAAGACAUCCAUACGCCACAAGAUUCGCUGCGUAGUAGUCGGCAUGCCAAGUCGGUUUCGUGGUUGCGAAAGUCGGAAUAUAUUUCGACGGAACAGACCCGCUUCCAGCCGCAAACGAUGGAGAAGGUCGAAGCGAAGGUUGGUUUCAACGUGAAGAAGAGUUUGAGGGAAGAGACGCUCUACAUGGACAGGGAAGCACAGAUUAAGGCUAUUGAGAAUACGUUCGAAGACAAUAAGAAGGACAUCACCACUCACUACAGCAAGCCGGGAGUUACUGCGGUGGAGGUUCUACCGGUGUUUCCGGACUUUGCCAACUGGAAGUAUCCUUGUGCUCAGGUUAUUUUCGAUUUCGAUCCAGCCCCGGCAGGAAAGAACGUUCCGGCGCAGUUGGAGGAAAUGUCUCAGGCUAUGAUCCGUGGUGUUAUGGACGAAAGUGGUGAACAGUUUGUGGCAUACUUCUUGCCCCAGGAGGAAACACUGGAGAAGAGACGUCGCGAUUUGGUUAAUGAGGUCCUCUACGAGGAUGAAGAGGAGUACGAGUACAAGAUGGCUCGCGAAUACAACUGGAACGUCAAGAGUAAGGCUUCCAAGGGUUACGAGGAGAACUACUUUCUGGUUCUUCGUCAGGAUGGAAUGUACUACAAUGAGCUGGAGACACGUGUACGGCUGAGCAAGCGUCGGCAGAAGGCAGGACAGCAGCCGAACAAUACCAAACUGGUGGUCAAACAUCGUCCGUUGAAUGCUUCUGAACAUCGUAUGCAACGUUACCGCGAACGCCAGUUGGAACCACCAGGCGAAGAGGACGACGAAGAUGUCGAGGAGGAAGAGGAAGAAGAGGAGGACAUGGAAGAAGAGAUUCAAGAAACUCAAGACGAAGACGAGAAAAAGGUCGAGGAAGGCGAAGAGGAUAAGGACGAAGAUGCAAGAAGCCGUUCCAGAUCCCGUUCUCGCAGUGGAUCCGAACGAUCCCGUUCGGGCUCACGCUCACGGUCUGGAUCGCGGUCCCGUUCCGUAUCGCGUAGUCGGUCACGUUCGGGCAGCCGCCAGAGUCGCUCGCGGAGCCGCAGUCGCUCGAAAUCCGGCAGCCGUAGUCGCAGUGGUUCCCGCUCGGCUGGAUCAAGAUCGCGAUCGGGCUCGCGAAGCCGAUCGGCGUCCAAGUCGCGUUCCCGUUCGAAAUCAAAGUCUCGGUCCCGUUCCAGAUCUGGAUCCCGCUCGCAGUCAGCUGGGUCGAGAUCGCGUUCCGGCUCAAGAAGCCGUUCAGGAACACCAGCUUCCAGCAAGGGAGGAUCGCGUAGUCGCUCGGGAAGUCGUUCCGGAAGCGAACAACGGUCCGGAAGUGGUUCGGAAUAAAGAAGAAGAAGAACCAAUGAAAAUGAACGUGUGCUUACGAAAGCAACAAGUAGUAGUUUCACUUUCUAUCUUAAUGUGACGUGUAAUAUUCAUUACGGAUAUUGGUAAUAAAUUACUUUAAA